AUGCAGCAACGGCUGUUAGCGAUGCUUCAGAAUGAACUGCCUCAACCUUGGAGGGGUGCUUCUUCCGAGCGUGUGCACACUGCCAGAAGGAAACUCACCUACGAAACCCUCGAACGCAAGGAGCUUAGAAAACGAAACGUGCAGUUACGUGCCCAAAUCGCUAUGCUUCGACUGGAAGUCAGUCAACUCUCACUGGUGCUAAUGGCCGAAGGAGCAAAGUCGCUCUUAUGA